GAUGAAGAUGAAUAGCCAAAAAAAAAAAGGCGGAUAUAUCGUUAGCAAACAAGACGAUGCCGACAUUGCAAUUCUUCGGUCGUCCGAGAAAAUUAUAAAACCCACCAAGAUUCUGCUGUAUAUCGACGCAACGCAUCAUCAAAAUCUCUUCUUUUUCUUCAAUAGUUCUCGGAAAUCUCUCUCUCUCUCUCUUUGUUAGGGUUUUUGUAGUUACGCACAGAAGGAAAAAAGGGAGCGACGUCUCGGCGGAUUAAUGGCGACGAGCCGGGUGGUGACGGUGGCGCAGGAUGGGUCCGGCGACUACUGCACCGUUCAAGACGCCGUCGACUCGGUGCCUCUGGGGAACACGUGUCGGACGGUGAUCCGUCUGUCGCCAGGGGUUUAUCGGCAGCCUGUGUACGUGCCCAAGAGGAAGAAUCUCAUCACCUUCGCCGGAAUUUCCCCGGAGUCCACAGUGAUCGCUUGGAACAACACCUCUUCGAAGAUUGAGCAUCACCAGGCGUCUAGGGUUAUCGGCACGGGGACGUUUGGAUGUGGAACUGUGAUUGUUGAAGGGGAAGAUUUUGUUGCAGAGAACAUUACGUUUGAGAAUUCUGCUCCCGAGGGAUCUGGGCAAGCGGUAGCUAUUAGAGUCACUGCAGAUCGUUGUGCGUUUUACAACUGUCGAUUUCUCGGCUGGCAGGAUACAUUGUACUUACAUUAUGGAAAACAGUACUUGAAAGACUGCUACAUUGAGGGAAGUGUAGAUUUCAUAUUUGGCAACAGCACAGCUCUUUUGGAACACUGCCAUAUCCACUGCAAGUCUCAAGGGUUUAUAACUGCACAAAGCCGCAAAUCAUCUCAAGAAUGUACUGGUUACGUGUUCUUAAGAUGCGUGAUUACUGGAAAUGGACAGGGUUCGUAUAUGUAUCUAGGAAGGCCAUGGGGACCCUUUGGGAGAGUGGUCUUUGCACAUACUUAUAUGGACGCUUGUAUCAGACCCGUUGGUUGGCAUAACUGGGGAAACCCCGAGAACGAGAGAAGUGCUUGCUUCUACGAGUACAGGUGCUUUGGUCCAGGUAGCUGUUCAUCGAGACGGGUAACGUGGGCGAGAGAACUGAUGGACGAAGAAGCAGAGGAUUUUCUUGAUCACAGUUUCGUAGAUCCUGAUCAAAGCCGACCUUGGCUUUGCCUGAGAAUGGGAGUCAGAAUACCGUACGCUGCCUAAAACAGUGGAAACCGAAACUGUAUCCGGACAGAACGCUGACCGGAGAAUAAGUUGUUCAUGCGGUUGUUUGUAUACGCGGAAGAACGUUUCCUUCAAUCUUUGUCUGAUUUGCUGAAACUGGAAGUGAAAAGUUGUAUGAUUUAUUGUUGUUCUCUUCA